AUGGCGCCCAUCGCCACCAAGGCCAGCGCCUGGCCGCGCAAGCCCAUGGUCACCGUGGACCCGAGCGCCGACUCGGUGGCCUUCCAGUGGAUCGACAUCGACAUGUACGACGGACCGCCGCUGCCCGCGAACCCCAAGAAGGGCGCGGAGGUGCCCGGGCUCAAGGCAUCGGGCGGCGCGAGCCAGAACGCCGCCAUCAUCCGCCUCUACGGCGUCUCCAUGGAGGGCCACAGCGUGCUCAUGCACGUGCACGGCGUGCUGCCCUACUUCUACUGCGUGUGCCCCGACAACUUCGACGAGAGCAGGUGCGGCGAGGUGCGCGCCGCGCUGGACGCGGCGGUGUCGCAGCGGGACCGCGACAGCAGCAGCGCCGCGCGCGUCGUGGGCGUGCAGGUCGUGCGCGACAAGAUGUCCAUCUACGGGUACCAGUUCGACCGGUACACGACGCUCUUCAAGAUCUACCUGAGCAUGCCCAGCUACGUGCCCAAGCUGCGCAGCGCGCUGGAGGGCGGGCUCACGCUGCCCGGCUGCGACUUCCGCAACUACCAGACGUACGAGAGCAACGUGCCGUUCAUCCUGCGCUUCAUGAUCGACGAGGGCAUCCGCGGCUGCAACUGGGUGGAGGCCCCCAAGGGCGCGUACUCGGUGCGCAGCACGGCGCAGAAGAAGUCGCUGUGCCAGCUGGAGAUCGAUAUCACCUAUGACAACUUGGUCAGCCACGCCCCCGAGGGGCAGUGGGGCAAGGUGGCGCCCCUGAGGAUCCUCAGUUUUGAUAUCGAGUGCAUGGGCCGGAAGGGCCACUUCCCUGAGGCGGAGCAGGACCCCGUCAUCCAGAUCGCCAACGUUGUGCAGGAACAGGGAUCCCACACACCUAUCAUCCGCAAUGUGUUCGUGCUGGACACGUGCAAGCCCAUUGUUGGUGCCCACGUGAUGGAGUUCGAGAAGGAAGGAGAGAUGCUGGAGAAGUGGGCGCGCUUCGUGCAGGAAGUGGACCCGGACAUCAUCACGGGAUACAAUAUCGCCAACUUCGAUAUCCCGUACCUGCUCAACCGUGGCAAGGCGCUCAAGCUGCAGAACUACAAUCUCCUGGGUCGGUUGGCGAACAAGGCGGCGUUCAUGGAAAAGAAGACGUUCAGCUCUGCGCAGUACGGCAAGAGCGAAAACGUCAAGACGACAAUCCACGGCCGAUGCAUGUUCGACUUACUGCCGAUCAUGCGCCGCAGCCAGCAGCUGAGCUCGUACUCCCUGAACGCUGUGAGCGCAGCCUUCCUGGGCCAACAGAAGGAGGACGUGCCUCACGGAAUUAUCAGUGACCUGCAGCGUGGUACGGACGAUGAUCGCCAUCGUCUAGCGGUUUACUGUCUGAAGGACGCCUACUUACCGCUGCGGCUGCUUGACAAGCUCUCGUAUCUCGUCAACUUCAUUGAAAUGGCUCGUGUUUCCGGCGUGCCCAUUGAUUUCCUUAUUGAGCGCGGUCAGCAGAUUAAGGUCUUCUCCAUGCUUCUGCGCAAGUGCAAGGAUGCGUCUCUCGUCGUGCCGACGCUGCCUCGCUCCCAGAACAACGAAGAUGCAGGCUAUGAAGGCGCUACGGUGAUUGAGCCCAAGAAGGCGUUCUACUCGGUGCCUAUCGCGACGCUAGAUUUUGCGUCGCUGUAUCCGUCGAUCAUGCAGGCCUUCAACCUCUGCUACUCUACACUGGUUGCGCCCGGAGAUGUUGACAAGCUGGCUCCUGGCGACUACGAGAGGUCUCCUUCAGGCGAUAUCUUCGUGACUAGCAAGAAGAAGAAGGGUAUUCUGCCGUUGAUUCUGGAGGAAGUGCUGGCGGCACGUAAGCAGGCGAAGUGGGACAUGAAUGCCGCGACCGAUCCUAUGGAAAAGGCAGUGCAGAAUGGACGACAGCUAGCGCUUAAGGUGAGUGCCAACUCGGUGUACGGUUUCACCGGUGCAAUUGUGGGCCAAAUGCCGUGUAUUCCUAUCGCGUCCAGUACCACGGCAUACGGCCGUCAGCUUCUGUUCCGGACGCGGGAAGAGGUCGAGCGCAUCUACACUAUUGCCAACGGAUACAAGGCGGAUGCACAGGUGGUGUACGGUGAUACGGAUUCUGUUAUGAUUAAGUUCGGCGUUGACACGGUGGAGGAAGCGAUGCCGCUUGCCGAAGAGGCUGCCAAGCGUGUGUCGGAUAUCUUCCCGAACCCAAUCAAGCUCGAGUUCGAGAAGGUGUACUUCCCGUACCUGCUGAUGAACAAGAAGCGAUACGCUGGUCUGCUCUGGACGAAACCCGAGAAGUACGACAAGCUGGACUCGAAGGGUCUUGAGACUGUGCGUCGUGACAACUGUCUGCUGGUGAGACGCAUGGUGGAAUCCGUGCUGCGCAAGAUCCUUAUCAAUCGUGACGUACCGGGAGCCAUUUCGUACACAAAGAAUGUUAUUUCGGACCUGCUCCAGAACCGUAUCGAUAUCUCGCUGCUGGUGAUCACGAAGGGACUGAAGAAGACGGUGGAUCAGGACGACUACAAAGUGAAACAGGCUCACACUGAGCUGGCGGAACGCAUGCGAAAGCGCGACCCCGGUUCAGCUCCAGCGUUGGGUGAGCGCAUUGCCUACGUAAUUAUCGAUAAGGGCAAAGCGACGCCGCUGUACGACAAGGCUGAAGACCCGGUGUAUGCGCUGGAGAACAACAUCCCGAUCGAUUGCGACUACUACAUGAAGCAGCAGUUGCAGAACCCGCUGGAGCGUAUCUUCGAGCCCAUUAUUGGCCUGAGCAAGGUCAAGUCGGAUCUGCUGAACGGUGCGCACACGCUCAAGCGCUCCAAGCCCGUCCUGAAGCAGAACAGCGGAGGUAUGAUGAACUUCGCCGUGAAGAAGCUCAAGUGUCUGGGCUGCAAGGCCCCGCUGAACGGCAAGGGUGCGCUGUGCCGCAGCUGCGUGGAGCGUGAGGCGGAGGUGUUUUCACGACAGCUAGAGUCGGUCAACGAGCUGGAGCACUUGUUCGCGCGACUGUGGACGCAGUGCCAGAACUGCCAGGGCAGUCUGCACCAGGACGUGCUGUGCUCGAGCCGCGAUUGCCCUAUUUUCUACAAGCGCAUCAAGGUGCAGAAGGACCUCGGCGAGGCCCAGGCCUCCCUGGAGCGAUUCCAAUCCGUCGACUGGUAG